AUGUUAUCCGGAUGUUUUUUCGCCGUUCUCGUGCGACUGUUCAAGAUUGGAGAUGGCAAACAACGCGCCGAACGAAGUGGAGGAGACGAUCAAAGCGCUCAAGUCCAAGCCGGGCUUCUUCUCUUACAUCGUCAUGAACAACGACGGGAUCGUGAUCAAGUACGAGAACAUGGAGUACAAGAGCGCGGUCAUGCACGCGUACCACAUUCUGAAUCUGUAUGCGCGGUCCAAGAAGCACUUGAGCAAGCUCUUUGACGCGAGCGAGUGCGAAAUCGAGUGCCUUCGCUUGCGCACGAAGCUCCACGAGAUGAUCAUUGCCCAGUACACACGGUUCACGCUCGUCGUUCUCCAAGUAUCCGAAGCGCAAGUCGUCAAAGUCGAUGUCAAAGUUGAAGAAGUCGUCAAGGAAGAAGUCACGACACCAGCGUAGACGCAAGGACGUACGCAACAUGGAUCAUCCAUGCAUAGCGACGAGAUGUUUCGCGCACGAGUUUACUCUCACCGUGAACGAUCCACAUACUGCUUCUGUUUUGCACCUUCGUCGCAAUCACUUCCAUUGC